AAUAAGAGGGUUGUACUUGUACCCGUCAGUCCGUCACCCGUUGACAUGGUGCCAUUGUGAAAGUGGUCAAGCAACUCAUCUUCAACCGGAAGAACCUUUGAAUUCUGGAAAAAAGAAGAAAUACUUCUCCUUCAUCAACAAUCAUCAAAGAAAAUCCCCUUAUUAAAUUCACCUACUUAAUUGCAGCAAAAGAAGUACAAAAAUGGUAGAUAGUGAUAAAAACUGGGAUUUCUAUCUCCGAACACUCUCAGCAAGCGCCAGAGACUCUGCUCCUCCUGCUUCCGAUCCUUCUCUUCUUCAAUCCGUGAAGAAGCUGUGCGAGCUUUGUAAAGCAGAGAAUUCCGAUGAUUUAGUUGCUCGAAUUUAUCCCUCCAUUAAUCGACUCUUUCAACGCUCUGUUGCUUCGAUUCCUCAAUCUCGCUCUUCUCAUGGCAUUCUCUUACUGGCUAUUCUCCAAUUUUUCUUGGACUUUGGAGAGUCUGUUCUUCAUGAUGCUGAUCCGAGUCUCAGGACAUUCUUUCAUUCUUGCUUGAGCCGUGAUUUUGCUGAUCCUGUCAUUGCAGAGGCGACAAUUGAAUUUCUUAUUCUAAAUAAGAAGAAGCUUCAAACUUCAUUUCCUACAGUGUUACCUCAGUUCUUUCCCUUGCUAUUGAAGCUAAUUGCAUGGAAUGGAGAGAAGCUUUUGAAAUCAUUUCUGAAGAUAUACCCUGCUCUAGUAGCUCCUGGCUCAUUUUUGCCAAUAUUUCCAGCUACAGCAGACUUGCCCGUCCUGGUUGUUGCUCUGGAAACGGUGGAAAAAAGUUCUGGAUCACUGGUUGGAAACAGCAUUGCUGCGAUCAAGAGUAGUACAGCGCCUGAGAUGCUACUUGCCCUAAUGGAUGAGGCAUACACUGGCUCAACCAUAGCAGCUGGAGAAGGUGACUCUGAAUCGGAGGAUAGCAAUCCCAUUGAUGUUGCUGAUCCUGCUUUCCUUGAUCUUCUGAAAGAUGAGAAUGACGGUAUCACUGAACGUCAUUGGACAUCACCUGCAAUUGCUGCAGCAUUACAGGCUGCUACAGGUGGUCCUCAGUCUGAUCGGUUAAAACAAUCAUUGAAGAUUGCUCCUCAACUUCUCGAUGUCUAUUUUUCUAUAGCAUUGCGUGAUGUCAAUGAUUCCCUGGUCUGUGCACUGAUCCCAAUGCUUAUGUUGAGAAAUGCUGCUAUAUUUCCCGACAAAAUCUACACUUAUGAGGUCAGAAGAAGACUGUUGGAAUUCAUGCUUGCUUCAUUUCAGCGAUCGCCAGAUUUUAUCGCACUUUUGAAGAAGCCCAUUGUGGACAGACUUGGAGAAGCUUAUGACAGCCAAGAGAAGACAGAGUUGGCUUUACAACUUUGUUGGGCUAUUGGUGAGCAUGGCGGGGGUGGUGAAUCUCAUAAAGAUGCUGCUCGUGAACUUUUUGAAAGUUUGGAGUUACUUCUAUACGAGAAUCUCUCAUCUAGCCGUCUUGGUCUAAGACAAGAAAAUCGUCUGAGCUUUAAUCGCACUUCUAGUCUGGGCACCACUAGCGCGAGUUCGGAGAGGGCAUCACAGUCUAGACUUUUGUGCUUUGUUGUAACAGCUAUUGCGAAGCUUGCUACCUAUCAUCGUGAAUUACUACCUAGGGCACGUGUAUCUUUAGCAAAGGUAGUUCGGUCUCAAUUAGCUGAUGCAAGGGUUUGGACAAGGGCUCGUGAUUUCUUGGGUUUACUGAAUGAGCCUGGAAUUUGUAUGUCUGUAUUGGGGUCUACACGACAUCCCAAGGGAGAGAAGUAUCCAGGAACUGUGAACUGGAGUGAUGGUCGGACUAAAAUGAUUGCUCAUGUCCCGUUCUAUAUCUUGGGCGGACAAGCAGGCCCCCCAUUUCAUGAUUUUGCCUUCUCAGACAUCCUUCCAGACAGAUGACAGAUGCAGAUCUGCAGCAAGAGAUAAAAAUUGUAACAAUGUGCCUCAUUAUCCAGCAUUUAUUUCUGUUUCUUGUAUUGUUUUCGUCAACCUUGUAGAGAUUACAGUCGCCUCUCAUGAUCUCAUCCUUGUGUUAUGCCAACCCACUCCUCGACUAGCACUUUUUGCUGGACUUCUUCCAUUCUGAGCUAAAGCAUGAAACUUAGGAGCUCUUGAUUAAGAGGUCAAUUCGAAGAAUCAAGCAAGUUGCUUCUACCCUUCUACCAUAUCCGGGUGCUAGAUUCAAAAAGGAAGCCAUAGAAUCCAAUUUCAGGAAUCAAUUUUAAUACCUGUUUGUAUUUCAGUGGGUGUGUCAAAAACUCAAGACACACCCUCUUAAGAAGGAAUAUGGAUGACCUUUAAUAAUGUUUUGUUGAGUACAUAAUCAUUUGUCAAUAAUGUAGAUGGGUCGAGGUACAGUCGUAUACAUUUUGUGAUGUUAACGAAAUUUAAAGUUAGCUAAUUUCAAGAGUUUCAUUUGAUUUUAGCCCCAUGGGCAGAAAUGUUGAGAAGGACUAAUAUUCAUUGUAGAAUCAAAGAAAUUCUUCGUUAUGUGUGUGCAAAUACUUUUACUCAUAAUCAUGGUAAUAACAUUUCAUCCUUAUUCCUUAA